AUGGGCCACAAAGCUCUCUUCACUGUGGUUUUUUCUCUUCUCAUAGCUUAUUAUGUAUAUUCACCUGUACCAGAGAACAUGGAAGAAAAAUGGAAAAUCAUGGCCUAUGAUUCAGUCACCAGAGCUCUUACAAAUCUGGCUUUUCUUACUGAGGACCUAGGGCUAAUGCACCAUGGAGAAUUCUUAUUCAUGGUAAUAAGAUUGCUGAAUACAGAACCAAUUUCAAAUGAAAACCUUACAGUGACCGACACAACAUUUGCUGGUGUUCCAGUACGUUUAUAUGUGCCAACAAAAAAGGUGGUUGGACUAAAGAGAGCUGUGAUUUAUGUUCAUGGUGGCGCAGGUUGCUUUGGAAGUUCUGCAAUGCUGCCUUAUGACUAUCUGACAAGAAAGAUAGCAAAUGAACUGGAUGCCGUCGUUGUAUCAUCUGAUUACAGACUUGCACCUAAACACCAUUAUGCGGAAGCACUGGAUGAUGUCUAUAGUGUGGUGAAGUUCUUUCUACAGGAUGAAAUUUUGGCAAAAUAUGGUGUGGACCCCAAUAGAGUAUGCAUUUCAGGAGACAGUAUUGGGGGAACUAUAGUAGCCUCAGUGACUGAAAUAAAAAAUAAACUCAAGAUGCAAGCUUUAAUUUACCCAGGUUUACAAGUGAUUGAUACAGACUUGCCAUACUAUAGGGAAAAUGAACAUGGGAUAAUAUUAACAAAGGCCCUGUUGCUGAAAUUUUGGGGUGAUUAUCUUACCACUGAUGAAUCCCUUGAUCAGGCCUUGGCAGCCAACCAACACAUACCUGCCAAAUUUAGCCAUCUCUUCAAGUUUGUCGACUGGAGUCUUCUCCUUCCUGAGGAGUUUAAAAAGAAUCAUGUUUAUACCAACCCAAGUUAUGGAAGUUCUGAAAUAGUAGAAAAACUUCCAGUGAUUGUAGAUUAUAGAGCAACAUCCUUAUUAGCAGAUGAUUCAACAUUACAUCGACUACCAUUAACUUACAUCAUCACCUGUGAGCAUGAUGCCUUAAGAGAUGUUGGUCUCAUGUAUGUUUCUCACCUACGCAGAAAUGGAGUCCAAGUUAUCCAUGACCCCAUUGAAGAUGGAUUCCAUGCAUCUCUCUUCUUCACAACACCUCCAGUUACUUUAGAUGUUAGCUUUAAGUUAAUAAAUCUAUACCUUAGAGGGAUAGAUGAGAAUUUGUAA